GUUCUUUUAACCUCAGACUUUGCAUUCGCAGCCCAAAGCCGCUCAUGCGCUGGCUGGCGCUGCUUGGCCUCUUCGAGGCUGAAGCCCAGGCCCCAGCGCGGUUGGCCGUCUUCGAUGCCUGCGAUGAUGCUGUGAACACCGAGUACGACCUCCAGGGCACUACGGGCAGUGGCGCACCCUUCUACAAGGCCGUUGAGUCGGAUCUGCACAUCUACUUUGAUCCCAGCUGUGACGCUUCGACCGGAGACUCCAGGUGGAUCAUCGACCGCCUGGACGGCACACCGGACCGAAACGCAACGGAGGAUCUGGAUGGCAACCUGCUGUGUAGCCACAUUGCCUACCUCUCCUCGUCGGAUGUGGCCUUGCCGGUCGGUUCCACCUCCUGGAUCAUGGAGUGCAGUGGCAGCACGCAAACCUUGGACCUCACGCUAGAGGAGGUGAACAGGGUCGGAUACCAGACGGCGCCAGCCUUCUUUUGCUCCUACAACUGCGGGACCACCCGGGGCCAGGUCACAAGACCUGGCAAAUGUUACGGCACCAGCGAGGUCUUCGCGACCCGCGGGGUCAGCUGGAUGCUGCUGGUGACCCGUGCGGCAGAAGCUGGGGCGGGCCAAAACAUCCCACCCCUGACGGACGAGUGGGCCACCUACAGCGCGCAGGACAUGACCUGGGAAGGCUGGUUCCACGUGAACGAGGCGCCUGCCGAACGCUCCAUGCUGAUGGGCACCUUCGGCACCAACGAUGCAGAAACCCUCUACAGCGGGCUGCACAGGCGUCGGCAUGGAGCCGUUUGGAUCGACCCGGAUGGCAGCGUGGGGCUGAGCAGCAACACUGGCACGACAAGUGGCUUUAUCCAGGGUCCACAACUGGUGGAUGGCAAGUGGCAUCAUGUGGCGGCGGUUUGGAAUCAAACCGCUGGCGGAGGAGCGCAGAUCGCAAAGAGCUUUAAGCUGAUGCACGUGAGGUACAGCACCAUCAUAGGCAACCAGGACAUGCGGGAGGAGCUCACGGCGCGCAUGGAGGAGGCCAUGGCGCUGGAGGCCAACGCCUCCGCCACGGACGUCUGGUUUUACUACGCGGACGAGCAAAUCAUCGGCGGCGAAGGCCGGCUCCUGGUGUCAUUCGUGGUCAACUGCCCUAUCGAGACCGUCGACAUGAUGUUAGCUCGGCUUGUGAGCAGCCACACCUUCGAGAAUCGCAUGCUGUGGGCAUUGUUUAACGUCACCUUGAUCACCAAUGCCUUCACUGGCCUGGCGCCGGUGCAGGACAAUGUCUACAUCUACGACGACGUCUUUCCCACCAUUACAUAUGUGGGCAUUGCGCAUCUAUAUGUCGACGGCGUUGCCUUCCCGGGCCUGGUCAUCUACUCUCCCAACGAGGAGAACAUCGCAGACAACGGCCAGUUCCUGGUUGGUGGUGGUCAUCAGGCCAGACCCGUCGACCUUGAGGUGGCGAACCUGCGGUUGUGGAGCGUGGCCCUGACGCAGGAGCAGCUGGCGCAGCAGGCGCAGGUCUGCCAGGUUCCAGAUUCCGAGAGCUUCAUUGGGGGGGCCUGGCCCUUCAGCCUGCACGGGGCCUGGCCGCUGAAUGGGAACUUCACCAAUGCCUUCGGGCCCUUCGCCAAUUUCUCGGAACAAAGCGUCUGGGAGGAGCAGCUGGGCUCAGGCUACAACAGCGUUGAUGCCAUGAACUACCCGUACUGGAAGAACCUGCUCACCGCGGAGGUGGUGCAAACCUAUACGCAGAGCAUGUACCACCACAUGAGCCGGAAGCUGGGUGGCGGCUUUGUGCGAGGUGGGGUGUGCAACUUCAACGCCUGCCCAGCCAUCUCUCCGGUGAACGCCUGCCCGCUGCAGCGCAGCGUGGGCUUUGCCAGCAGCGCGGAAUGCGAGGAGUUCGCCGGCUUCAACUUCUGCCGCCUCGCCGGCAGCACCCGGAACCGGCCGAGCAUGCCCCACCUGCAGGGAUGCCACCUCUGAGAGCCAGAGACGUUGCCCAAAACCUGCCACAGGGCCAUUGAACAGGCGAUCCCUUUUGGAUCCUCGUGUGACCCCGCU